AAUUUCCGGGGGAGGAGUGGUGACGUCAAACAACUAUUGGCUCACCGUAGUCAGGCGUUACUCCUCCUUCACUCUGUCAUCUGAAGGCCGGUCUUUCAAUAACCAAGGGAAAAUGGCAGUUCCACCAGCAUAUGCUGACCUUGGAAAAUCUGCAAGGGAUGUAUUCACUAAAGGGUAUGGAUUUGGCGUAAUAAAGUUAGAUCUGAAAACAAAAUCUUCAAAUGGACUGGAGUUCACAAGUUCUGGUUCUGCAAACACAGAAACAAGUAAAGUUUCUGGCAGCUUGGAAACAAAGUACAAGUGGGAGGAGUAUGGUCUAACCUUUACAGAGAAAUGGAAUACAGAUAAUACUCUGGGAACUGAGAUAACAGUUGAAGACCAGCUUGCCAAAGGCUUAAAGUUGACCUUGGAUUCUUCUUUUUCUCCUAAUACUGGGAAGAAGAGUGGUAAAAUUAAAACUGCUUACAAACGUGAGCAUAUCAACUUGGGGUGCGAUGUAGACUUUGACAUUGCAGGCCCUGCAGUUCGUGGAGCCUUGGUUUUUGGUUAUGAUGGCUGGCUGGCAGGUUACCAGAUGACAUUUGAAACCAACAAAUCAAGAGUUUCUCAAAGUAAUUUUGCUGUAGGCUACAAGACUGAUGAAUUCCAGCUUCACACAAAUGUGAAUGAUGGCACAGACUUUGGAGGCUCAAUCUAUCAAAAGGUCAAUGACAAGUUAGAAACAGCUGUGAAUUUAGCAUGGACUGCAGGAAACAGCAACACCCGAUUUGGAAUUGCAGCAAAGUAUCAAAUUGAUUCUGAUGCAUCUUUCUCAGUAAAAGUUUUUCACUGUAGUCUUUUGUGUUGGGGAUUCUCUGUUUAUCUGAAACCUGGUGUAAAACUAACACUUUCUGCUCUGCUGGACGGCAAGAAUGUUAAUGCAGGAGGUCAUAAACUUGGUCUAGGACUGGAAUUUGAAGCAUGAAGUCACAGUUGCACAAUCAUUUUUUUAAACAUUUUACAGCAUAGCUACCUGAACAAUCUGGUGUUUACAUCUCCUUUGUCUGGGAUGGAAGUAUUGUGUGUCAGCUCUGUUUAGUAUUUCUUCUGAUUAAAUAUCACUACAGUUUUCUGCUUUCUGUGAACACUAAAACUUUGAUGUACUUGCUUUUUUGUGUGGUUUGUGAGUUACAAAAGAAGAAAAAGCAAAUUAUUGCUACCUAGUUAAAGGCUCAACUAUUUCUUAAGGUGUGGCUGUGUACUGAUGCAUUGUCACCCUUCUGGUAACAUCCUUUUAAGUGAAGGAGCUUUUACAGUGGAGUCUGCCUAAAAUAUACCGAACACAUUAAGUUGUGCUAACUUACCCUGCCGUACAACAGAAGCAAACCCAAGUUCCAGUUGCUGUUUGUGAACUUUUUACAUGUGGCUUUCUGUUGUCUUGUGACAUUCAUUUGUCUUGGAUGCCAGUUAAUGUUAGACAUCAUGGUUUCACUUCCCUGGACUAAGUAGAAGCACACAGGUGUGAAGAGCCCUACGCAGGCUUUUAUAGCAGUAGAAAACUUGCAUCAUGUCAAACAGAAGAAACUUGAAACAGUUGCAUUUCAUUUCUGAAUUUUUGUUUUCAUGAACUUUGGCAAAUUUGGAGUCUUCCACUUUUUGUUCCUUGCUGUAUUUUGAAAAUGCUUAUGAAUCCAUAAAUAAAUGAUCUGCAGUUUUAUGAACUUUAAAACCAUUUGUGUUUAAAACAGUUUGUGUUUAAAUCAUGGCUUUGAGUGAAUACUAAAAUUGUUUUCCACAAGACAAAUGAAAAUAAAUCUGGUGACCUCUUUGAUUUA